UAACGUAUUUCACAAGCGAACGUGACACACAAACGAACGUGACACCGCCCGCAACUUAGACGCGUUGGAAAACCUCACCUAAUUCAACCAUCAACCAUGCCUCCAAAAGCGCGUCAAAAUUCAAGAAAAUUAGCAGAACGGGAAGACAGAAUCAAACUUGCUGUUGCUGCUUUGAAAAAUCAAGAAAUUCGCAGUAUUCGUGAAGCUGCGCGUGUUUUUCAUAUCUGCCAUGAAACUCUCAGUCGUCGACUUAGCGGAAGAACUUCGCGCUCAGAAAUACGCGCCAACAACCAUAAAAUGACUCAAAAUGAAGAGGAAUCGCUUGUACGAUGGAUUCUAUCGCUAGAUCGACGUGGAGCUCCUCUUAAGCCAUCAGAUGCACGAGAAAUGGCUAAUAUUCUUCUUGCUGGCCGCGGUACUACACCUAUUCAAUCAGUCGGAGUGAACUGGAUUAUCAACUUUAUUAAACACCGUUCUGAAAUAAAAUCCUGCUUUUCUCGACGAUAUGACUAUCGACGCGCUAAAUGCGAAGAUCCUAAAUUGAUGAAAGAGUGGUUUGAUCGCGUACAAAUCACUAUAAUGCAACAUGGGAUCGCACAAGAGGAUAUCUACAACUUCGACGAGAUUGGCUUCGCUAUGGGCCUAAUAUCUAAUGCUCGAGUACUUACUAGAGCUGAUUAUUAUGGCAAAACGCGUGUUGUACAGCCAGGCAAUCGGGAAUGGAUUAUUUCGAUUGAAUGUAUUAACUCUACUGGUUGGGUGCUUCCUCCGUGUGUUAUCUUCAAAGGGAAGGUUCAUAUAGAGGGUUGGUAUGAAAAACCAAAGCUUCCACUGGAUACCAGGCUUGAAGUUAAUCCUAAUGGAUGGACUUCUAAUGAGAUAGGCCUUCGCUGGUUAGAAUAUCUCUUUAUUCCUAUGACUACUCACCGUACGAUUGGGAAAUACCGCCUUUUAGUUAUGGACGGCCAUGGCAGCCAUCUAUCGCCUCAAUUCGAUCAAUUAUGCAGUGAGAAUAAUAUUAUUUCUAUCUACAUGCCUCCGCAUUCUUCCAACAAUCUCCAGCCUCUAGAUGUGGGCUGCUUUCGAGGUCUAAAAGGCGCGUACGGCGAUCUAGUGAAGCAAAAGACAAAUCUAGGAGUCAGGCAUAUUACAAAGUUUGACUUUCUAGAGAUGUUUGCAACGGCCCGUGAUCUUGCUUUUACAGCAGAGCCUAUUCAGAACAGUUUUGCAGCUACUGGCCUGAUUCCUUUCAAUCCAGAUAGAAUGCUUAGCAAGUUGAAUAUUCAACUAAAGACCCCUACUCCUCCAGGCAGUCGAUCAACUGAUUCAGCGCCUAAAACACCCUACACAACUAGACAGCUGGAAAAGCAAGCUUCUGCAGCAAAGAGACUGCUUAAGGAACGCGCCCAUAGCCCUUUACCUUUGGUAGAAGCGCGAUUGGACAAGAUCAUUAAAGGUCAUGAAUUGACGCUUAAUGAGCUUCUUCUUGCAAAGGAAGAAAUACGCAAACAUCGUGCUAAUAAUGAAUGGGAAAGCGAAAGACGGAGCAAGUCUACUAGGCAGCUAGCUAUAGAAAAGGGUUCAUCACUUCGAGAAGGCCUAAAGCGAUUUCAGCGCGAGAAUGAGGUUGAUGAAGGUCAAAAUACGCUUCCCAUAGAUCCAGCGCUUUCUGCAGUUGGGCCGCGCGUACGAGCGCCACCGCGCUGCAGCGAUUGUCAUAAUCUAGGACAUAAGCGAUUGCAAUGUCCUAAUCGAAUUCCCAAUUAAUUUUUAGAUAGAAAUCUGAUUGUUUGGUUGAUAAAGGCUAUAGUAUCUACCCUAUAGGCAGGAAUUGGCUGGCGGUGUCACGUUCGUUUGUGUGUCACGUUCGCUUGUGAAAUACGUUA